UGUUAGCACGAUUCCGAGGUCAGGAGCAGGAAGAGAGAGUUGAAACAUGGAAAACAAUUCAAUAGGCCCAGUGUGUAUGAGCAGACUUUAGAAGCCACGUGAACUCCCCACACAGCAAUCCAUCACCAGGGGCCUGAGAGAAAGUCACACUUAACUUGUUUUCUUUUUUUUCUCCUUUUUUUUUUGGAAAGGAAGAGGAGUGCCUAUACAUGUGACAUCACAAGAAACGUGAAACCGUCAUUUUCAGCAGACCUCCCUCUUCACUGCCCGCUCCCACAUUUGCUCCCCUCUCCCCCAACCUCUCCCUGAGGCGCUCUGUGCUUCUCUGCUGGGCUCCAAAAACAGGCCAGUGUAAUCACCUUCCCAGCCCAAACUACACCCUCUGAUCCAGGACUUCACCACGCAAGUUCUCCCUCUGCUUCAGAGAGUCAGCUGGACCUGUUUCUGGAGAUUUCACUUCUCAAUAUCUUUUCAUUCAUCUGAAAUUUUCCAAGAAAUAACUUUGCCCCAGCUGAACCUGUCACAAGUAUGGAACUGCAAAAGCUAUCAAAUGGUCACCACCACGAAGCUGCUGUGGCUGUGGAGGGAGGAGUCCCACCAGAGAAAGAAAUGUUCCUGCAGCACAAGAGCGAUGGAUCAAAGCGACCUCAGUUCACAGAUUUUGAGGGUAAAACUUCAUUUGGGAUGUCUGUCUUCAACCUGAGCAACGCCAUCAUGGGCAGCGGCAUCCUGGGUUUGUCGUAUGCCAUGUCAAACACUGGCAUUAUCCUUUUCCUGAUCCUGUUGACAUGCAUUGCUUGUCUGUCCUGUUACUCCAUCCAUCUGCUGCUACGCAGUGCAGGAGUUGUGGGCAUUCGUGCCUAUGAGCAGCUGGGCCUCAGAGCUUUUGGUCAUCCAGGGAAGAUUCUAGCAGCUGUCAUCAUAACGUUACAUAACAUUGGAGCCAUGUCCAGCUACCUAUUCAUAGUGAAAUAUGAGUUACCACUGGUCAUCCAAGCUUUUCUUGGCCAGACAUCUAACUCUGACUCCUGGUUCAUGAAUGGAAACUACCUCAUCAUCAUUGUCACAGUCUGCAUCAUCUUCCCUCUGGCUAUGAUGAAACACCUGGGGUAUCUUGGUUACACCAGUGGAUUCUCUCUCUCCUGCAUGGUCUUCUUCCUCUCUGCGGUUAUUUACAAGAGAUUCAACAUUGCCUGCCCUCUGGAGGUGUUUGGAAACUACUCUGUGAACGCAGCCGUCCCUGAAGACACAUGCACCGCCAAACUCUUCACCAUCAACCAAGAGACGGCGUAUACCAUCCCCAUCCUGGCAUUUGCUUUUGUAUGUCACCCUGAAGUGCUUCCCAUCUACACUGAACUGAGCAACCCAACCAAGAGAAGAAUGCAGAAUAUUGGCAACGUUUCCAUCCUGGGCAUGUUCGUCAUGUACUUCUUCACUGCCAUAUUUGGUUACCUGACCUUCUACGGGAACACUGAAGCAGAGCUCCUCCAUACCUACAGUAAGGUGGACCUAAUGGACACUCUCAUCCUGUGUGUCCGCCUGGCUGUCCUGGUGGCUGUCACUCUGACUGUACCUGUGGUCCUGUUUCCUAUCCGUCGUGCCCUCCUGCAGCUGCUGUUCCCAGGGAAACCCUUCCACUGGCUCCGUCACAUUGCCAUCGCCGCUUGUCUGCUGUUCGCUGUCAACCUGCUGGUCAUUUUUGUUCCCAACAUUCGAGACAUCUUUGGCAUCACUGGAGCAACUACUGCUCCCAGUCUGAUCUUCAUCCUUCCUGGACUGUUCUACAUCCGCAUCAUCCCCACCGACCAGGAACCCAUGACCUCCAGACCAAAGAUCCAGGCUGCGUGUUUCACAGCACUGGGUUUCAUAUUCAUGACCAUGAGCCUGACAUUCAUCGGGCUGGACUGGACGAGCGGAGAAAAGCGAAGUCUUGGCGGCCAUUAAAGUGCACCUCCCAAUCCCUACAGCAACAGCAGCCCACUGCUGCGCCCCUCCUCCAGUCCUUUGGAUAGGAACCAAGACUCAACCCACUGCUGGAAGGAUCAGGGCUUUGGUGGGACUGUUUUCAUUAAUCACAUGGACAGUCUGUUCCUCCAGAGUGUUGAGAGGAGCCCGGUUUUGUCCUGUCACCCACCCAGGUUGAUAUAAACCACCAGGAUCCAUCACAGGUGGAGUUCCUCUGUUCUACAUGAAGAGCUGAUGUAGACGUGUAGACCAUGGAAAUCCCUCAACCACGAAAAGUUUUGUUCCUCAGCAGGAGAUAAAUGUGGUGUAUAGUAACUGUCAUAUUGAAAGCAAAUUGGGGCAAAUGUCUAAAAUAAGAAAUGAAAAAACGUGUUUAAUUAUCAGUUUGAUGGAGAAAAAUGAUUUGGUGCUGCUGACGGUGCUUGUUCAAAAUGCUGCUGAAAAAUAGAUCCCAAUUAUUUCUGCUCAUCAGGAAGCUGUACAGUAUGAGGCAACCAAUUGAAUGCAUUCACAUAAUUGGCUUCAAUUGAUGUGCUGUGUGUUGUAAUUCUGCAGAGGAGUGUUUGGCAAACUGGAAAAAAAAAAAAAGAUGUGGUUCAAUCAGCCAAAGUGACAUUAAGUUUAUACAACUGUGAACCAAUGAAUUUGGUAUAAUUGAUUUGUGAAUUUAUUCUGCACAGCAUGUGUGGAUAUUGUUUAAUAAAGAUUCACAAAAGAUG